CUGGUGUAAAAAUCUUCCCUUUAAUUCCGAUGAGUACUGGGCAUGUGCCAUAAAACAUGUUGCAACUACACUUGGUCAUCAAGUAGGAACAUGCAAAAUGGGGCCAAGUACUGAUCCUGAAGCUGUUGUGGACCCAACUUUGAAAGUGUAUGGUAUAAGGAAUUUAAGAGUUGUUGACGGUUCUGUCAUGCCCAAUAUUGUGGCAGGACAUACAAAUGCGGUAAUAGUCAUGAUUGGAGAAAAGGCUUCCGAUAUGAUUAAAGGGGAUUGGCUAAAAUAAUGCAGUUCACAAUUUCAUAAAUAUCAACAAUAGAAAAAAAUGUUUUUAUUUGAAAAUGUGAAUGUGAAUAGCUAGAAAUUCGCUACGAAAUUUAUAUACUGCAUUGAAUUCAGUUAUGUGAAAAUGUGGGUAUUGUAUUUAUAUACAUAGAUGUAUCAUAUUUUUAGUGAUAAUGUUAAC